GGUCACUAUCGUAUUGCCUUCCCUGCCUCCUGUUUGUUCCACAUCCGAUGACCAUGCAAGGAGAAGAAUCGAUUCUGUUGCAUAACCUUGCAUAGGCAUGACGCUGUUUGGCAGUGUCAGGAUCACGGUCUCCGAUUGAGUUUGUUGAAAGAGGAUCUUCGAAUGAUUCAUUCGCCCUCAAAAAUCUUGGUUCGACCUUGAAGACAUGAUGAUCUCGCCUUUGUCCAAAGCGGGACAGAUGGCCUCUGUCAAGAGGAAUGAAUCAGAGACACAUUUGCUAGCUGGCUCUGUUGAAUCAGUGCAUUGAGUCGAACAGAAUCUUGGAGAAACAAAAAGCUGACAGUUGGAGCCAUCAGCAAGGAGGAAACAAUUCGGUUCCGCAUUGGCUUCUCCCAUGACAAUCUCUCAUUAUACGAAUAUACCUUCGAUUUAAUACUGCAAAUAAUGAGCUUCUCAAGCAAGCUUUGGCUGCUUCUGGCGGUGCUACCCGUUACGGGCGCCUAUGUUACCUCACACGGUGCUGUUCCUGUGAAAAGACAACAAAAAUGGUUGAGGGAAAUGACAACCGAUAUUUGUCAGCAGCCACCAGGAGAGCUCACAGAAGACAUGCUUCAAAGGACACCACACCUUAUGCAUGCCUGGUCUGAUGCCAGAAUUGGAGGAGGCAAGGAAUCUGCUUUGGCUCUGGAAUCUCUCUUGGUGAGGUUGGCCGAGGAAAGAAGCAUGGGGAAUGAUCAAGCCAUUGCCUCAACCGAGGAUUACAAUUGUUUACUUGAGGUCUGGGCUCACUCCAGAUCGGGCAUUGCAGCAGCUGAAAGAUGUGAGCAAAUAUUGACAGAAAUGGAAGAUCGAUUCAAACUAGGCGACAACACUGUGAAGCCAGAUUUGAAAUCGUUCAAAGCGGUUUUAAUGGCGUGGAAGUUGGCAGACGGGGCCAAGUUUGCCGCCGUGAGAGCACAGCGCAUUUUGGAAUGGACGAUUAGGCUGGCAUCGACUGGUGAAAACGAGGAUGUGCUACCGGAUGCAGAUUGCUUUGACAUUGUCUUGCAACUAUGGUCCAGGUCGGGUCUUCCCGAUGCUCCUGCGAAGACGGAGCAACUCGUGGUGGCUAUGGAACGGUUGUAUUUUGCGACAAAGAUGGAUUCUGUCAAACCGAGGACUGCUUCAUAUAAUGCUGUGUUGGCGGCAUGGUGCAAAUCAAAGAAAGGAGGAGCAACAACUCGCGCUUACCAAAUUCUGGGCUUUAUGGAAGGAAGAGCUCAAGCAGGUGAUGUUGCGGCUGCUCCAGACGAAGCAUCUUAUACCGCCGUUGUCAGCAGCUUGUUGAAGAGUCCAGGCGCCUUGAGUGCCAGGAGGGCCGAAGACAUCCUGCGUCAGGCCGAAGCCCGAAUUGCACCCCAGGCCCCUGACACAAUCUUGUACAAUACUGUGAUUGGAUGCUGGGCGAGAUGUAACAAGGGCAAAGCGUACAGGAAAGCACGGUCAAUACUGGAUAGACAAAUCAACAACUUUGAACAUGGAUCGAAGAGAAGCAAGCCAGAUGUGUAUGGGUUCACCUCGGUCAUUGCGAGCUGUUCCAUGGAACCAGGCGGUCGCGAGGAACGCACGAAAGCUUUUCACGUUGCACUGGGAGCCUUUCAACAAAUGAAUCGCUAUGAUAAGCCAAACCAUGUGACUUAUGGAACGAUGUUGAAAGCUUGCGCUCGUCUGCUCCCGGAAAAUGACUAUUUGCGGCACAAGUGGGCCAAGAAGAUCUUCCGUCAGAGUAUCCGAGAUGGUCUUGUGGGUGACAUGGUAAUCAGUCGAAUGCGGGAGUCCGUGUCACCGCCAAUUUUCAGGGACCUUAUGCAGGGGCAUUCAAGGCGCAACCUUCCCGAAGCAUGGUUUUGCAAUGUUCAUGAGAAAAGGAAGGAAAGGGCCCAGGGGGGAAACAAGAAGAGACGCAAACGAGCCGAGGUGUAAACUGUGUGAAACUACAAGAGAGCUUCCACGUGCAUGAAUAGAUAAUUGAAUAGAAGAAAGAGUAUACUAGUAGAAGAGGAAGAAGUUUGAGUUUUCGCUCAUCUUGACAGAGACAAUCAAUAACCAAAAGGAUACCCUGCAGAUUUGUGCUUCAUGCGUGCCUGUGACCAACAACCGCUGUACCACCUAUCUACCGUACGGUAGAACAGUGCAUUUUCCACCGAGGUACAAGAACCCAAGUAGUACCGGGUCGUCUACAGUGCAGACGUUGGUGCGAUGGUUGGAAGUUGCAGGAGAUUCCGGAGUCAGAGGAAUCCUACAAUUAGCAAGUGCUGUUCUGCUCCGUUUCUUCCUGGGGACAGGGGAACCUCAACAGACACCGGAACUGGCGGGCGGUAGCUGCAAAAUGAGCAUGAAGAUGGGACGAAUCAUGACUCAUCACACGGUAC